AUGUAUGGCUCAAGCCCAAUAGUAUAUAAAAAAUUUAAAAUAUAUAGUAGUCGAAGUAUAAUACUAAUUGCUGGGAUAAAUAAAAAAGAAGACGCAUACAGUAUCUGUGAAUUAAAGAGAACUAAACAAGUAGAAAUAAAAAAACAUUUUGAAAUAUUUGGUAAAUUAAAUUUUCGAAAUUUAAUAAAAAAAAAAAAAGCAGAAUAUUUAUGUACCUGUGAAGGUAUAUUAGGUUGUAUAAAAUUUUUAAGCUAUCCAUAUUUAUAUGUAAUUACUGAUAAAGAAAAGAUAGGAGUUUUAUUUAAUGAACAUAAAGUAUAUAGUGUAAAAAAUAUUUUAUUAAUCCCUUUUAAAGAAACUGUAUUUGAAAAAACACAUCAAGAAGAUCAUCUAGUACAAAUAUUCUACAAUUCAGCAAAUCAUAAAUAUUUAUAUUUUUCUUAUACAUAUAAUCUAGCUAAUAGUUUACAAGAUAAUUAUUUUUUACAACAAGAAUAUUUAAAAGGAAAUAUAAUAUAUAAUAAAAAAUAUAAAAAUAAUUAUAUAUGGAAUUAUUAUCAUUGUAAGCCUUUUUUAAAACAAAAUGUUUUUAUAUGUCUUUUUGUAAUUAAUGGGUAUCUAAUUCAAUCAAAAAUUUCAUUCUCUGGAAAGAAUAUUGAUAUUACUUUUGUAGCUAGACGUAGUUACAAAUAUGCUGGAACACGUUAUAGAAAACGAGGAAUAAAUUAUAAUGGCUAUGCAGCAAAUGAAGUUGAAUCUGAAAUUAUUUUACAUGAAAAAAAUAAUAUAUCUAAUGUUAUUUUAUCUUAUGUACAUCUAAGAGGUUCAGUACCAAUACUAUGGAAUCAAUCUAUUAAUUAUAAAUUAUUAAAGAAACCCAAAAUUAAAUGUCUGAAAACUGAUAUAAAUUAUACAUGUACUAAAAAACAUUUUAGUUAUUUAUUUAAAAAAUAUGGAUACCCAAUUACUGUUGUCAAUCUUUUAAGUAAAAAUAAAUAUAGUGAUGAAGUUCUAUUGUCUAAAGAAUAUAAAACAUGUAUUAACAUAAUUAAUAAACAUAUCCCACCAACUAUUCGAAUUAUAUACAAACAUUUAGAUUUAAGAAAGUCAUAUAAAAUAGGAACUAAAUAUGCUCAAUAUAAUCUAAAACUUUUAUUUAAAUUUUCUUUAAAUAAUAUCGGUUUUUUUUUUAUACAUAAUAAUCAAGUUUUAUCAAUUCAAAGAGGGGUACUUCGUUUUAAUUGUGUUGAUUGUAUAGAUAGAACAAAUGCAGCUCAGAUUUUUAUAAAUAUAUAUAUGUUUAUUAAAUUUGUAACAUUAAUAAAUGUAUUAAAAAAAACAGAUUUAUUUAUAGCUGAUUUAAAACAACUUUUUCAAAUGUGCGAGGAGUUAGGUGAUGCUGUUUCUAAACAAUAUGCAGGUUCAUUAGCUCAUAAAAAAUAUACAUCAGGACAAAAUACAAACCUUUUUAUUCAAACAAAAGAAUUAUUUACAUCAAUAAAAAGAUAUUACAUUAGUUCCUUUAAUGAUUUAGAAAAACAAAAUUCUAUAAACUUAUACUUAGGUGUUAUUCAAUCGAAACUCAAUGAAAUAUCAAAUGCACAUUAUCUCGACACUUAUAUACAUAAUUCAUUUUUUAAAGAUCUAGGAAACGACAAAUUCUGGUGGGUUCUACCUCUAGAACAUUUUUACUAUAAAGUAGAAUCAAUACUUGAUGGAUCCUUCGAUAGAUGUGAAAAAUGGGACAACACUAAUAUCGAUAAAAAUGUAGAAAAAAAAAAAAUAAAAAAAAAUUGUAGAAAAAAAAACAAAACAAAAUUGCAUAUAUCAAAAUUAUCUUUACAUUUAAAAGGGUAUACAAAAAUUGUAAAAAAUAUAAACAACAAUUUAAAAUUCUAUAAUUGUUACAGUAAAACAAACAUUUUUAAAAAUAUGUACAACGCAAAUAAUAUGCUCAGUAUAUUUUUAAAACAAAAUUCAAUGCUAAGUUUGGAACAUUAUUCAAACAUAAAUCAUAUCAAUAAAGUCAUCAAAGAAAAAGAAAUUCAAAUUGAAAACAAUAUAGAGAAUACUAACCAAGUAUCCUUUAAUCUUUUCAAAGAAGUUUGUCAAACAUUUGAACAUUACAAUGUUUAUAAAAAUAACUUUAAUAAAUCUUUUAAAAAUAAAAAUAUUUUCCGACUAAAAAUAUGGAGACUAAUUGCUUGCUACAACUAUUUAAAUUAUAUGAAAAUAUAUUUUCAAUUUUUUUUUCUUAUUUAUUAUUCUUUUUGUUCAAAAUACAAUGUUAUUCAAAUUUAUUUGGAUCAUUUGCGGACCAUCUCAGAAUGGCAAAACGUUCAAGUACCUCAUCAAGAAUCUUCCCAUCGAAACAAAAAAAAUGAAAUAAAUUAUUUAUAUAAAAAUGGAAAUAACUAUAUGCAAAAUGAUACUGAUGAAGAGGGUUAUAUUGUCAACAGGAGUAAUGAUCUAUUCCCCAUUUCAAGUCAGUUUAAUUCUUAUAAAAAUGAGGCUGAAAAUAUCAUUAAUGAGUUUAAAAAACGAGGAAAUAUAGCAAUUUUAUUAAAUUCUUAUAUUAAUUAUUUUUAUAUAAAUAAAUUAAAUUAUAAUUAUAUUCUCCUAAACUUAUCAUAUAUCCCAGACGAAAAAAACAAUGUCGUUUUGAAAAGUAGAGAAAAACAUAGUAAUCACAAUAAGUGUGACAACAAAAUGGAUACACUGACAAGGAAAAAAAAAAAAAAAAGUAUAAGUACAAACAUUUUUAAUGAACUUGCUAUGUCUUGUAGUAAAGACCAAAUGAAAGGGUUGCAUAGUCUUAGUUCCAAAAUAAUGCGUAAAAAAAAAUAUGAUUUAAAAGGGAAAGAAAUUUGUUCAGAAAAUGAUUGCUUUAAAAAAAAAUCAAAACUUAUUUUAGAUAAACAUAAAAAAAAGGAAAAAAAUAUUAUAAAAUUACCAUGUGUAUAUAGCCCAAUUUAUUUUAAUGUAAAAUUAUUAAAAUAUUUUAUGUUUGUUCAUUAUUAUUUUUCUUCUAAUUAUAAUAAUUUACUAAGUAUCAAAAAAAAAAUUGAAACAAUUGGCAUGGAGAUAAAUAAAAAUUUUAUAGAAAUACAAAAUAAUCUUUCUAAAUCAAAUAAAACUAUUACUUUUUAUAAUAUCCAAUUCUAUCUUAAAAAAAUUAUUGAAAUGCAUGACAAAAAUAAUAUGAACACAUUUUUCAAUGAGCUAUACAUGUCUUAUAUUUAUAAUUGCCAUCACUACAAAAAAUUUAACUUAAGUUUCCAUAGGGACAUUAAAAACCUUUUUUACAAUCCCCAAAAUACAGUUACUAGUGGUAAUAACAACAACAACAAUAAUAAUAAUGAUGAGAAAAAAGUAAGUAAAAUAAAAUCAGAAAAAAUUCAAUUUUUACAAGAAUAUGAUUCAUUUGAAAAUAUUUUAAAAGAAAAGAAAAAAAUUAAAUUAAUCGAUGAAAAAAUACAUAAUGAAAUAAAUUAUCAUUAUCAACUAGCCAAUAAAUAUAUGUCUAUUGAUAGUUUCCAAAAAAAAUAUUAUCAUGAAAUGAAACAUUUUCAAGAAAAAGAUCAAAAAAUUAAAAAUUAUUUUAAAAAAAAUACUAAAUUAUGUAGCAUUUCAAAUAAUAAUGAUUAUAAUACUAAAAUAAAUGAGAUCAUUGAAAAUAUUAAAUUAAUACAUACAAAACAAGUAGAUAAAUUGGAAUAUAAAAAUGUUGAAGAUUUUAAUUCACUAUCUGAUAAGCUUGAAAAUAAAAUGAAUUAUCAUGAUUAUUGUGAUCCUUUACGUAGAAAAAUAUUUGCCUAA